CAAAAGUAAAAGUUUCCUGCAAUUUCGCAUGAAUUUGCUUCGCAAGUAGCCCAACUAAAUUUGUAAGCUGCCAAUAGCACACCCCGACACACGGCCAACACGCCAAGAUGGUUUUAGCAGAUUUAGGAAGAAAAAUAACAACGGCUCUGCACUCGCUGAGCAAAGCCACAGUUAUCAAUGAGGAGGCAUUGAAUUCCAUGCUGAAAGAGAUUUGCGCAGCGCUGCUGGAGGCUGAUGUAAACAUACGACUGGUGAAGCAGCUGCGGGAAAAUGUGCGAGCUGUCAUUGACUUCGAUGAGAUGGCCGGAGGCUUGAACAAGCGACGCAUGAUCCAGUCGGCCGUGUUCAAGGAGCUCAUCAAACUGGUGGAUCCGGGCGUGAAGCCCUAUCAGCCCAUUAAGGGAAAGGCGAACAUCAUCAUGUUUGUGGGUCUGCAGGGAUCCGGCAAGACCACAACCUGCACCAAGCUAGCCUAUCACUACCAGAAGCGCAACUGGAAGUCGUGUCUUGUCUGCGCCGAUACGUUCCGUGCUGGUGCCUAUGACCAGAUCAAGCAGAACGCCACCAAAGCUCGCAUUCCGUUCUACGGCAGCUACACAGAAAUCGAUCCCGUUGUCAUAGCCCAGGAGGGUGUGGACAUGUUCAAGCGUGAGGGUUUUGAGAUGAUUAUUGUGGAUACUUCCGGACGACACAAGCAGGAAGAGUCGCUGUUCGAGGAGAUGUUGGCGGUUGCAAAUGCAGUCAAUCCUGACAACAUCAUCUUCGUGAUGGACGCCACCAUUGGACAGGCUUGCGAGGCCCAGGCGAAGGCCUUCAAAGACAAGGUUGACAUUGGCUCAGUGAUCAUCACCAAGUUGGAUGGCCAUGCCAAGGGAGGUGGUGCCCUGUCUGCUGUAGCAGCCACACAGUCGCCCAUAAUUUUCAUAGGAACGGGCGAGCACAUUGACGACCUGGAACCCUUCAAGACGAAACCUUUCGUUAGCAAGCUCCUCGGCAUGGGCGACAUCGAGGGCCUGAUAGAUAAGGUCAACGAGCUGAAACUAGACGGAAAUGAAGAGCUUCUCGAGAAGAUAAAGCAUGGCCAUUUUACAAUACGCGACAUGUACGAGCAGUUCCAGAACAUCAUGAAAAUGGGUCCUUUCUCGCAGAUCAUGAACAUGAUCCCUGGCUUCUCGCAGGACUUUAUGACAAAGGGCGGCGAGGCGGAAUCGAUGGCUCGCAUCAAGCGAAUGAUGACCAUGAUGGACAGUAUGUCGGACAACGAAUUGGACAACCGUGAUGGAGCGAAACUCUUCAUCAAGCAGCCGACGCGUUGUACACGUGUAGCCCAAGGAGCAGGAGUCCUGGAACGCGAAGCCAAGGAACUGAUUGCCCACUACACAAAGUUUGCAGCAGUCGUGAAGAAAAUGGGCGGCGUCAAGGGUCUCUUCAAGCAGGGCGACAUGACCAAGAAUGUGAACCCCACACAGAUGGCCAAGCUCAACCAGCAGAUGGCCAAAAUGAUCGAUCCCCGCAUGCUUCAGCAGAUGGGCGGCGUGGGCGGACUCCAGAACAUGAUGCGGCAGCUGCAGCAAGGAGCGGCGGGCGGCCUGGGUGGACUGGGGAACCUGAUGGGAGGCUUUGGCGGCAAGUGAGGCCAGCCGCGAGUGUAAAUUUAUAGAUUUUUGUAUGAUUUUGUUUCUACGUAGUUCGGUUUUUAGCAAUAUGUUUGUUAACGGUUGGCCAGUGCCAGUGCAUUGGGCCAGUGCGUCAAUUUCCCCUUGUUCAAGACCAAAAAAUUUAGAUCGGUGUGAGAGCGAGAACGUGAGCGUGAGCGAGAGCGAGAGAGAAGACAGCGCAUAAACAGUUAACAAUUUGGUUUUUUGUACGAUUUGGCAACCACAGUGUCAGUUUUCAUUGUUUCAACUGUUUUCUGUACACGAAUUACUGGAAAUUGCAUGCCUAUUGAAUACCGCAAGGCAGUUGAAAUAGAUAUAACACAAAUAAAUAACAUGAAUUAAUCUU